AUGCUGGGCGAGGAUCAUUUUUGUACUCAUGUCUCUGGACUGAUUGCCGCUCAGCCUAACCCCUACAACUUCACUGGCGUGGCUCCGAAUGUGACUCUGGGUCACUACAAGGUCCUUGGAAAGCCUUCAGUACACACCGGUACCGACAUUGUCGCUGCCGCUUUCAAGAAGGCGUACGAGGACAAAGCAGACAUCAUCUCAGCGUCGUUUGGCACGUACAAGGGCUGGAGCGACGAACCGUGGGGACAACUGAUCCAGAAAUUGGCCGAGGUUGGCCUUCCCUCAUUCAUUGCAAGUGGCAAUGAUGGAAGUUUAGGUCUGUUCCUGGCCUCGAAUGGUAUCGACAACUCCGCCGGCAUCGGCAUCGGAUCCUUCAACAACUUGUAUAGUCCCCUGCUGCUGACUGGAGCCUCAUAUUCCACCCGAAACACCACCAAGGAAUUUGGUUGGCAGAUCGCGGGUACAUCCGACUUCAAGAAUGGUACCUACUCUCUCUACCCGAGUAGCCUGAAUGCAUCCGUUGUGGGUGAUUCUUGCGAGCCGUGGACGGCAGGCCACCCCGAUGUCUCCGACAAGAUCGUGCUCAUCCGCUACGGUGGCUGCAAAGGCAGUCAGCAGCAGGCCAACGCGGUGAAGGCCGGUGCUAAGAACAUCCUGUUUUAUAACAAUGUACCAGGCACCUAUGAGCUCCCCGUUCAGGACCCUGGUCUGGUGGGCCUGGGAAUGGUCUCUGCCCAGACUGGCGCGAACUGGGUGAAACUGGUCGCAUCUGGAGCCAACGUUACCCUGCACAUGACCAGCAAAAAGAACUCCAAAACCAUCUUCAUCAAUGAGACAAACCCUCAAUCUGGUGGCCAAGUUAGUGAUUUCACUCAGUGGGGCCCCAGCAACGAGCUCCUCCCUGUGACAGCAGCUUCAGGGGUCGGUGGGUUCAUGCUGUCGACAUGGCCAGUCCUGGAGGGCAGCUACGCCAUCGACACCGGUACCUCGAUGGCGACCCCCUACGUUGCUGGCUGCAUUGCUCUCUUGAUGGAGGCUCGCGGUAAGGGCAAAGUGACUCCUGCUGAGAUCAAAUCUCUGUUGUCGACCACUUCCACCCCGAAUGUGUUCCAUGAUGGCGUUACAGCCUCGCCUUUCCUGGCCUCCGUGGCGCAGCAGGGGCUUGUGCACACCACUACCACGUUCAAUGUUAGCACUAUCGCCUUCAAUGACACCAAGCAUAUCGCCACGGCAUAUAUCCGCAUCAACAACUCCGCCCCCGAGUCGCGUGUCUACGCUGUCAGCCAUGUGGGCGCCGCUACCGUCUACGCAUUGUCCGACAACAGUUUUAUCCCCCAAGUAAACAAGCUCGGCAAUUUCGUGGACCGCACAACCGAGGGUGCCUCGCUGAAGUUCAGCUCAUCCAUCGUGCGCGUGGCCGCCGGUGGGUCGGCUGUGUUGAAGGUCACUGCCACCCCACCCCGGCGUCUCAUCGCCCGUCGCAUCCCCGUCUACAGCGGAUUCAUCACGUUCAACGGGACUACUACAGAUGAUUCUUUCUCGGUUCCAUACCUGGGCGUUGCCACCGAUAUGCGCAACGUGACGAUCCUAGAUACCACGCAAGGUGACAAUUCCCUCAUCGACAGCAGCACCCAACAAGCCGUCCAGGCCAACCACCAGUUCGUCUUGCCGGGCGAGAACGACUUUAUGGACCGUGCGAACACCAGCUACCCCAUCUUCCAGACCCAGCUUUCCAUGGGAACGGAUCUGCUCCUCAUCGGCGUCAGUCCCGCCAACAGCCACGCUAUCCUCCCAGUGCGUGCUCCCCAGACAGCCCUCCCCCGGAGUGUUGAUGGCGUGACGGGCCCAAGCCCCACAUCAUGGACGGGCAAAUUGGCAAACGGAUCAUAUGUCCCGGCCGGCAAUUACUCUUUGGUUGUGCUUGCGCUGAGGAUCUUUGGCAACCGCACUAACCCGAGUGAUUAUGAAACCGUGCGGUCGGUCAAGUUUGGGAUCACGUACGCUCCCCCAGCCGACAAGUAG